AUGGCCCCCAGAAGAACGCGCGCAAGUGCUGCCGCCGAACUGCAGAUCGAAAGCAGCGAACAAGUUUCGAGUCCUCCACCUGAGCCUGCUACCAAACGUCAGACUCGCAAGAAAGCUCCUGCCAAAUCUGUCCAGGCCAAGGAUGAAGCUAGUGCUGAGUUUCCAGAGAAAAAGCUGCCUUCGCGUAAACGUAAAGCACCUGCUCCCAAAGAAGAAUCUCCAGUCUUUGGUGAUGAGUUACCGCACAACCUUGGCUCUCUGCCAACCCCCGAUACUGAUGAUGUCGAUGAAAACAAAGAGACAUCGGUUGCUCCCAAAAAGAAGGCCAAGCGUGUAGCAAAGGCCAAGCAGGUUAAGGCUGAUCCGGAAGAGGUCGACCAACUCGCCAAGAAAGCAGCUGAAAUUGCCUCACCCCAGGCAGACGUCAAGUCUGAGGUCAAGACUGAAGCCAUUUCCCCAGAUGUCAAGGCUGAUGGUAAAACGAAGAAGAAGGCUACCAAGGCCAAGAGUCACAAACUCACUCCUGGCGAAACCCCUUAUCCCGAUUACGCUCAUCCUACCUCAGAGGAGUGUCAUGAAGUUGAACGUAUCCUCGCUAAGAAGCACGGCAAAGUCACGGCGCCCAAGUCAAUCCCAUUGCCCUCACUGGAAGUUACUGGCUGCGGUGAGGUUCCUUCGGUUCUAGACGCCUUGAUCAGGACCAGACUGUCUGCUGCGACGACUGGCAAGAAUUCGUCAAAUGCUUUCAAAGGUCUCGUCAAGACCUUCGGUAUUCUCAAAGAGGGUGUGGGCAAAGGUAGCGUUGACUGGAACAAGGUACGCCUUGCAUCUCAACCAGAAGUCUAUGAAGCCAUUAAGAGUGGAGGUCUUGCCAACGCCAAGAGUAAAGACAUCAAAGAAAUCCUGGACAUGGUGUACGAGGAAAACCAAGCUCGAUGCGCCGCCCUGAAGAAGGAGAGAGAGGCCAGAGCUGAAGGCCCUGCCGGCUCGGACAACGAACCUGUCCAAGAGAAGAACACUGAGAUUCAACGCGCUGAGUCUGGUGUGCUCUCUCUCGAUCAUCUGCACCUGCUCUCUAACGAAGACGCGUUCGCUCGACUCGUCAAGUUCCCUGGCAUUGGCCCCAAGACAGCCUCAUGUGUUCUGCUCUUCUGUCUGCAACGUCCUUCGUUUGCUGUCGACACUCACGUCUUCCGCCUCUGCCAGUACCUCGCCUGGGUUCCAAAAGAGGUCCAGAAGGGUCAGCCUCCCGUCAACCGCGAGACCACUUUCGCUCACUGUGAAGCACGUGUUCCCGAUGAUCUCAAAUACCCACUGCAUCAGCUUCUCAUCAAGCACGGCAAAGAAUGCCCUAGGUGCCGCGCUGCCACCAGCACAAACAGUGAACGUUGGGAGGAGGGCUGUCCAAUUGAGCAUCUGGUUUCCANNAGACAUGGCGCCAAGAAGGGAGAAGUGUCGCCUGCAGGCAUGGCAGCUCCGAAGACCAAGAGAGCCGCCGCUACUAAGAAGGGCAAGGGCAAGAAGAAGAUCGACAGUGACAGCGAGGAGGCUGAGAGCAGUGGUCUCAGCGAGUUCGAGAGCGAUGAUGACUACGACGAGUAA